AAGAUCAGUUGAAGAAAAAUUACAACCUCAAUUAAUUGGUAAGCCAGUAGCUGUGGUGCAGUAUAAUGAAUGGAAAGGUGGAGGCAUAAUAGCCGUCAAUUAUGAAGCAAAAAGUCGAGGUGUUACUAGACAUAUGAGAGGAGAUGAAGCCAAAGAAAAGUGUCCUGAUGUUCACUUGGUUAGAGUGCCUGUUUUAAGAGGAAAAGCUGAUCUAACAAAAUACCGUAUUGCAGGCAAACAAGUAGCUAAUGUUCUUUUAAAAUUCACGAAUACAUUGGAAAGGGCAUCUGUUGAUGAAGCAUACUUGGAUAUUACAGACAAUAUAAACAAUGUGUUGUUGAAUUGUGAAAUUACUACAGAAGUGUUAAAAAAUACCCAUGUUGUUGAAUCAACUGUUGAGGACUUUUUACACAAUAUUCGAUAUAACUUAACAGAUGAUAAUUUAAAAUUAGCAGUUGGUGGAAUGAUUGCUGAAGAAAUACGAAAUGCAGUUUACACAGAAACAGGAUAUCGGUGUUCUGCUGGCAUAGCACACAAUAAAAUAUUAGCCAAAUUAGCAUGUGGUUUACAUAAACCAAAUCAACAGACAAUUUUGCCACAAAAUUCUGUAUCAAAUUUUUUUAAUAAAUUACCAAUAUGUAAAAUUAGAAGUUUAGGUGGAAAAUUUGGUGAUGCAGUAACAGAUGACUUAGGAAUUAAAACUGUUGGAGAACUUUGUAAAUUCAGUAAAAAAGAAUUAACAGAACGCUAUGAUGAAAAAGCAGGAUCAUGGUUGUACAAUAUUGCACGAGGUAUAAAUUUUGAGCCAGUAACUGCAAGACUUAUUCCUAAGUCUAUAGGAUGUUGUAAACAGUUCAGAGGAAAAAGUGCCCUUUUUACCGAACAGGAUGUAAGAAAAUGGCUCCAUGAAUUGGCUGAAGAACUUAUUGAGCGUUUGGAAAGCGAUUGUGAAGAAAAUGCAAGGAAAGCAAAAGGCCUAACAGUUAGUUUUCAAUGUAAAGAAAACACGAAAUCAGUUCAUGGUUCAAGAGUUCAUGUACUAACUGUUUAUGAAAUUGAUAAGGUUGCUAAUGAUGCUUAUGAAAUUAUAAGAAAAAAUUGUAUGAAAUCUGACGGCAGUUUUCAUAUCCAAUUUUUAGGACUUUCUGGCGGAAAAUUUGAAAAAAUAAAAAAUACAGUUAGUAUAAAGUCAUUUUUCAAAGCUCAAGAACAUUUUCAAAAAGAAAAGAGAAACAGUUUUGAUAAAAUAGAACACCUAAGUAAUGUAAAUAUUAAAAAACAAGAAGAUAAAGUAACCGAGAAAAACACAAAUAUUCAAUUGUGGUUAUCAAGUUACCAAAAUGUGAUAAACGAAGACGUAACUAAAACUGAUGAUAAACAUUCAAAUAAUUUUGAAGAACCUCAAGAAAAAAAUAAAAGCGCCAACAAAUCAGACGACUCGAUAAAUAACGAAUUGGUAGAAAUUCUAAAUGAUACUCAAAAUAACGUUAAGGAUCCUGACAAAGCAUCUUUUUUUGAUAAAUAUUUUAACACUGUUCAUGGAAAAAGAUCUUUUGACACAUCACGUUAUUUGAAUGAAGACAAAAAAUUAUUAGAAAGUGACGAAUUUGAUAGUGAUACCAAGACUGAACCUUCAGAUGAAGAAGAUUCGUAUGCCUGCAACCAGGAAGAACUUUCAAAAACUUGCGACAAGUGUGGAGAACAAAUUAAAAUGUCAGAAUUUACUUUACACUCAGACUACCACGUUGCUUUAAGUCUUGCUGAACAGGAAAUAUUUGAUAAUCAAAAUGCAAGGAUAUCUAGUGCUAAAAAUAGUAACAAAACAGUUUAUAAUAGCCAAAAUAAUAAAAUAUUUUCUGCGAAGUCAGUAAAAAGAAGAAGUCCCGAGAUAACGAAGAACGCUUCAAUUUCAAAGUAUUUUAAAAAAGAAAUAGAGGCAACAACUAGUAAAUCAGGAAAUAUUGAAACAUGCCCUCAAUGUAAUAAAGCAAUUGAAUCUUUAGAAAUGGAAAGUCAUUUAGAUUAUCAUUUAGCGAAGAAAAUUCAUUCUGAAAUUAACCCUAUGACAGUAGAUGUUAAAGAAUCAAAAAGAGACAUUAAUAAAAGUAAUAAAAAAAAACCAAAAGUCCAAUCGGUGAUAUCAUUUUUUAAACAACCUGUGUGAUAUUUAACGUUAUUUGACAGGAACGCGCAGACUUUUAAUUCCAAUAUAAUUUAUGUACUGUUAUUUUUAAACUAAAGAACUUUAAAGUGCACUUAUAGUUAUUGCAGAAACAUAAAUGGGAAAAGAAUUUUUACGUACUCUGUGGCCAGGAAGUUGUACUUGAGUUCCACUAAGAGGGGUGAAAGUAGUACGCGGGACUUAGGUAUCACUUUCUGACCGCAGCUGCACGUAAAAUUGUAUACGCUCACAUGCGAUCUGGGCCAUUUUUACCGUGCGUAGUGUACUAUUAAAAUAUGGUAAUUUUAGUGAUUUUAUUGAUAAGUAUUAACUAUAAAAAUCAAUUGUAAUAAAAAAAUUUGGUAAUGCCAAUCAGUGACUAAACAAAUUGAAAAUUCAGAGUUUUUUGUUCUAUCGACAAACUUAAAAAAGUUUAAAAUUGUAAGCAAAUCAAUUGUAAAUAAAAUAAUACGUUUUCAUUA